CUUCCCACUUGCAACUUCAUCAAGAUUCACAUAUUUCUCUCCAUACACAAACAUAUAUAUAGAUAUAAUUUUAUAUAUAUACACACUACAUGGUCAUGACAAAAGUACACCCUAAUGCCAUUGUCACUCCAACUCAACCACCGCUCUCCGUUGCGGCUGCAGCGGUCCAUGGACCGCUUGUCCUGACUGUAUGGAAGAAGUCUUUGCUCUUCAACUGCGAUGGUUUCACCGUCUACGACUCUAGUGGUGAUCUCAUCUUUCGAGUUGACAACUAUAGUGCUGGAAGCAAGGGUGAGAUUGUCCUCAUGGACGCUUCCGGACGUUCUCUCCUCACCAUUCGUCGCAAGAGGCUAAGUUUGUUGGACAAUUGGCUAGUGUAUGAAGGAGAAACCGGCGUGAACCCUUUGUUCACGGUGACAAAACACAUGAACUUCCUUAAUAAUGCGAAGUCAUUGGCUCAUGUGACCAUAGGAUCUAAAGGAAAGAAGGUGGUCUACGAAAUAGAAGGGUCAUAUACGCAAAGGUGUUGUGCGAUCUAUGAUGACAAGAAGAAGCUUGUGGCUGAAAUUAAACGUAAAGAAACCGUGGGAGGUGUUAAGCUUGGUGGAGAUGUGUUUCGUUUGUAUAUACAGCCAGAGAUUGAUCCUACGGUUGCAAUGGCAUUUGUUGUGGUCCUUGAUCAAAUGUUUGCCUAGCCGAUUCACCACGUACAUAUUAACCCAUUACCUGAGAACACGAGGUCACGAUCUGAUUGUGAUCAGAAUAUCAGAUCACAAUCAGAUCGUCUAACUAACUUUUUCAUGCUUCAUUCAAAUAAUUAUGGUCUCGCGCCUUAAUUGUCGUGAAUCAUACGAUAAGUGUUUGAAGCAUGUUGUUGUGUAAUUAGUUUUAUCCACUUCCUCGAUUGAGGGCUUGGUUUUUUCGUUUUAUAUAAAAGAUCAAGCUCGGAUGGAAGCAUUUGUGCAUCUUUUGUAUCACAAUCUUAUGUUUAAUGACCUUUUGAUACUGAAAAUAAUAUGAUUCGGUUUUUAUUUUGA